AUGCCUAAGAAUAAGGGAAAGGGCGGUAAGAACCGCAGAAGAGGCAAGAACGAGAACGACAACGAGAAGCGAGAGUUGACGUUCAAGGAAGAGGGCCAAGAAUAUGCCCAGGUCAUCAAGAUGCUUGGUAACGGCCGUCUCGAGGCCAUGUGCUUUGACGGACAGAAACGUCUAGGCAACAUCAGAGGCAAGCUGCGAAAGAAGGUCUGGAUAAAUCAGGGUGACAUCAUCCUGCUCUCCCUCCGAGACUACCAGGACGAGAAAGGCGACGUGAUCCUCAAGUACAACGCCGACGAGGCCCGCUCGCUCAAGGCCUACGGCGAGCUUCCCGAGUCCGCCAAGAUCAACGAGACCGACACCUACGGCGACCAGGGCGACGGCGACUGCGGUUUCGAGUUCGACGAGGACCGCGACUCCGACUCCGACGCCGCCGGCGGUGCUGGUGGCAAGGAGAUCGAGAUUGACGACAUCUAA